AUGAUAUUAGAAAAUCCUAGUAAAAUAAAAUGGAAAUAAUAGUAUAUCAGAAAAUAUAGAGAUUUGUUAGGAAUUUCAAAGUAUAAAUAUAUAUUUAAGAUAGUCUCAAAGUAUUACCUCCUGAACCUACUGAAAAUCAUAUUACUCCAUAACAUUUAGAUUACAUUAAUAAGUAGAGAUCAAAAUCAUUGAAAUAAAAUGAUGAAAGUAUCUUAUAAUGUUCAGAUAGAAGAUCUUUACAUACAAAAAUUUAUACUGCAUGUGAAAUGAACUAAAUUAUUAAUCAUGCAAAAGUUUGUGGAUUAUUACACGAUAAACAAAGUUAAAAAUCUUAAAAUAAACAAAAUCAAAGUUUAUUAGAAUAAAAUAGAAAAUAUUUUUAAGAUGUUAGAAAUUUAGAAAACAGUUGGAAUUAUAAAAGAAGAUAAUAAGAAGAAUAAAAUAAAUUAUUCAAUUCUAUACCUAUGGAAUAACAUUAUAAAAUGAAACUUAAAUAAAAAAAAAUGGAUUUAAAUAUACAAUAAUUAAUUGAAGAAUAACGUACUCUAUUUCUAACUAGUAAUACAUAAUAAAAUAAUGAAUUAUCAUCAUCUAGUUAUCCAGAAUGA